ACGGAAUCACGGCCAUACGUAAUCAGCCGGCUGCUCCCCGUGACGUCAUCAGCGGGCGCCUUGUAGGAAAUAGCAACAUGGAGUCAGCGAGCGGAGGGAGUAAGCUGCCUCUUCUUGGUUUCGGGCAGGCGGUGAUCGGCCCCCCCGGCUCCGGGAAAACCACCUAUGUCCGUGCCAUGCAUGCCCUCCUCACCAGCAUGGGGCGCCGGGCUGCCAUCAUCAAUCUGGACCCGGCCGGAGAGGACGAGCCCGGGGCUGCGGUCACCCUGCAGGAGCUGCUGGGGCUCUCCGAGGUGAUGUCCGAGCUACACCUAGGACCCAAUGGCGCCUUGCUGUACUGUAUGGAGUAUUUACAAGAAAACCUGGACUGGUUACGGGAUCGGCUGCUCAGCCUCAGGGGCACAUACCUGCUGUUUGACUGCCCGGGACAAGUGGAGCUGUACACCCACCACCCUGCCCUGCCCAGCAUCCUGCGACAGCUGCAGGCCUGGGGACUGAGGUUAUGUGCCGUACACCUAGUGGAUUCCCAUUACUGCACAGACCCAGCCAAGUUCAUCUCGGUCCUUUGUACAUCACUAAGCACAAUGCUUCACAUAGAGCUUCCUCACAUCAACAUCCUAUCUAAGGUGGAUCUCAUUGAGCAGUAUGGGAGACUAGCUUUCAACAUUGACUACUACACUGAGGUUAUGGACCUAUCUUAUCUGGUUCAACAUUUGACUUCUGACCCAUUUUUCCGGCGCCACCGAAGUCUACAUGAGAAACUUGCAGAGGUCAUUCAGGAUUAUGGGCUGGUGUCAUUUAUGCCACUAAGCGUUAAGGAUGAAGAAAGUUUGAAGAGGGUCUUGGCAGCUGUGGACAAAGCAAGUGGCUCUUGCUUUGGGGAGAACUAUACAUCACUUGGAAAUCUUAUGUCUGUAGCAGUAGGAGCAGAUUUCCAUUUCACAUCAACACUGGCGUUUCAGGAGAAAUAUGUUGAAGAAGAAAAAAGAACAGUGGAAGAAGAAGCUUUAAACUUGUGAUAACCAAAGUCUCAAGUCUUAUUUGUAAAUAACAAAAAAUACUACUGGAAUGGAGACAAACCUUGCAAUGCCUGGUCUGCUUUAUUCGCUCUGUGUGAGAACUGUUUGUUUAGCUUUAAGAGUGCGUUCACACGCUAGUAACUAGCAGCAGGUUA